AUGGACACAACCGAUCCCUAUCGAAUAGGCGGGCCUGGCAAACUCCCCCCAUGGCCGAUAACAACCGGGCCUUCCAUCGGAGAUAAUGCAAAUCUACCACCAGCCGCAGACGAUCUCGUCCUCGAGCUCCUCAAAACAUCAGGUAUAAUCUGGGAGAACAUCUACAUGUGCACCCGCAUCACAGAAGGACAGCGUGCCUCUGCGGCCGACAACACCCUCUACAUCCGUGCGCCUCUCGAAGACCACAACAAAGCAGUCUCUCUUCUUGAGGCUUUACUCGAAUGUCUACCUGGAAAGGGAUACGCAGGAAAAGUGGAAAUCGUUGACCCUCGUGCUAUAUCGGGCUACAAGACAUUUCCGCCGACGCUGUUCCAGGAGCAGCAGGAGGGUUGGGAGGAUACACUUACCCUGGUGACUGCUGCUCUUGCUAAAGCAGGGGUGGAUUGGCAGACGGUUUAUGCCGCGAAUCGGGGGUAUUGGGAGGAGGUCUCAAGGCCUGCCGUAGUGGUCAAGGCCUCUUGUGCUGAUGUACAGGAUCAUCCCGAGAUCACACGCCUUCGGGCUGAGCUGGGAGAGCGAGGUUUUUUGUUGGAGAUCCUAGGAGCCAGUGGGCUUUGGGGAGUGCUUGGCCCGUCUAGAUCAGAUGUCCUAGACUAG